UUCCUGUGUGUACAGCGCUCUGCUCGGUGUUUCAGGCAGUGUCUCCGGCUAUAGGAGGGAACAGGGAGCUGCGUAUUCAGUUCCCAUAUCUAAACAGGUUAGAGAAAUACCGGAGAGGCCGUGACAGGCUGUUGGAGAGGACAGAAUGUUCCGACUUCGCUUCUUGCCAGCAGUGGCAGGAUUGGCAACUGUAACCCGCAGGUAUCAUGGAGUGGCUAAUCCUGUUCGCCACAGGCGGAAGCUUAUGAUGGCAGCUUUUGUGGGGGUGACUGCAGUUUCUGCAAGUGCUGGAUUACUAUGGAAGAGGGCUAAUGCAGAAGCACAUUCUUCAGUGAAACACAACUUGAAAAAUGAAUCCCAUGCCAAGGGAAAGGAGGAUGAAGACCGGGAGAAUGUUGAGGAUCAGGCUGUUGAGUCAAGUGAUGAUGAACAACAUCCAGAGGAGGGCAAGAAGAAGAAGCAACGUACAGGAUUUAGGGAUCGUAAGGUGAUGGAAUAUGAAAACAGAAUUCGAGCCUAUUCAACUCCAGACAAAAUCUUCCGCUAUUUUGCCACCCUGAAAGUGAUACACGAGAGUGGGGAACAUGAAGUAUUUAUGACUCCUCAAGAUUUUGUGCGAUCGAUAACACCCAAUGAGAAACAGCCAGAGAAUUUGGGCCUGGAUCAGUUUAUUAUAAAGCGAUAUGAUGGAAAGGAUUUCUGGCAGACAGAGAAAAUUUCCCAGGAGCGAGAGAAGUUUGCUGAUGAAGACAGUAUCUUCUAUACGCUGGGUGAAUGUGGACUCAUCUCAUUCUCAGAUUACAUUUUUCUUACUACAGUUCUUUCAACUCCACAAAGAAACUUUGAGAUUGCUUUUAAAAUGUUUGAUCUGAAUGGAGACGGGGAAGUGGACAUGGAAGAAUUUGAACAGGUUCAAAGCAUCAUUCGAUCUCAGACCAGCAUGGGCAUGCGCCAUAGGGACCGCUCAACUACUGGGAACACCCUGAAGACCGGAUUUAGCUCUGCACUCACCACUUACUUCUUUGGUGCUGAUCUGAAGGGGAAACUUACUAUUAGCAAUUUCUUGGAAUUCCAGCGGAAACUCCAGCAUGAUGUGCUGAAACUUGAGUUUGAGCGCCAGGAUCCAGUGGAUGGUCACAUCACUGAGCGUCAGUUUGGCAGUAUGCUUCUGGCAUACAGUGGAGUGCAAUCCAAGAAACUCAUUCAAAUGUUAAAACAACUGAAAAAACGCUUUAAGGAUGGAGAGGGCCUGACAUUUGAAGAAGUAGAAAAUUUCUUUACCUUCCUCAAGAACAUUAAUGAUGUGGACACAGCUCUAAGUUUUUACCACAUGGCAGGUGCCUCCCUGGAUAAAGUUACAAUGCAGCAAGUUGCCAGGACCGUGGCCAAGGUGGAGCUCUCUGAUCAUGUCUGUGAUGUAGUCUUUGCUCUCUUUGACUGUGAUGGGAACGGAGAACUGAGCAAUAAAGAGUUCAUUGCUAUCAUGAAGCAGCGUUUGAUGAGAGGACUGGAGAAGCCAAAAGACAUGGGAUUCCAUCGCCUUGUGAGAGCCAUGUGGAAGUGUGCCCAGGAGACAGCCUGGGACUUCUCUUUACCUAAAGCGUAAGAGUAAAGGAAACUCACUGAGAUGCCGAAGACAAUACUGACUCUGCAAUCUGAGAUUGUAAAGGGUUUUGGUCCCGGAAGCACCAAGUCAACAUGCUUGAUGUGUUAUUCUUGUAAUAUGCUAUGGCUAAGUUUGACGUCAUGCAUUCACUUCCCUCUAUCCUGCACAUAUUUCAUUAAAAAGAAAAAAAAGCACACACUGAAUGCAAUACA